AUGAACGACAAGAUAUCCAUUUUACCUCCUGAACCUAUCCAGCUACUUGACGAGGAUACUACGGAGCCUGAAGUCGAAAUUGACUCACAACAAGAGAAUGAGGGACUUAUCAGCGUCUCAAACAGCAAUGGUAGCAGUAGCGGUAGUAAUGACUGUGGCGCUAGAAUUACCAGGACAAGACCUAGGCGGAGCAGUUCCAUCAAUGCAAACUUCAGUUUUCAAAAGGCUCACGUCAGUGAUUGUACGAUAGUCGAUGGAGACCAUGGAACAAAGUUUGCUGUUUGGAGAAUCACCGUUUUUCUUGAACCCAACUUGAACGCUUUUGCAGCCAAGAGAGAAAGCUAUAAAAUCCAAACCUAUAAACGGUACUCUGACUUCGUCAAGUUAAGAGAGGAUUUGCUCACAAGAAUCAAGACAGUGAAACCUGAGAAGCUACACUGUUUACAGAUUCCCAGCCUUCCCCCUUCGGUUCAAUGGUACAGUUCUUGGAAGUAUCAGCAAGUGAAUCUGAACAAAGAUUGGCUAGCCAAAAGACAAAGAGGGCUCGAGUACUUCCUCAACCACAUCAUUCUUAACAGCGGCCUCGUAGAGAUGGCCAAGGAUAUACUCAUACAGUUCCUAGAGCCUUCAAAACGGGUUGCAUAA